CUAUUAAAGCACAAACUCCAUCGGCAUUACAACUCCCUCUGAUUAUAUCGAAUUUAUCUAAAUCUCCUCCUAACCUCCUUCCGAUCUCCGGGCGCUCUCUUCUCGAGCUGAAUCUGAGAGAAUCAGACAAGAAGAUCCUCGACCAUGUCUGACGCUGCCAAAGACGUCUGGAGAAAAUAUCUGAUUCAACUCCAAGCCCACCCUUUGCGAACCAAGGCAAUUACUGCUGGGGUUUUGGCUGGAUGCAGUGAUGCGAUUGCUCAGAAGAUCUCUGGGGUUAAAAAGCUUCAGUUUCGGAGGCUUCUUCUCCUUAUGUUGUACGGAUUUGCGUACGGUGGGCCAUUUGGCCACUUCCUCCAUAAAUUGAUGGAUGCUAUUUUCAAGGGGAAGAAGGACAACAGAACAGUAGCAAAAAAGGUUUUGUUGGAACAACUCACGUCCUCUCCUUGGAACAAUUUUCUUUUCAUGACUUACUUCGGGUUGGUGGUCGAAGGUAGGCCGUGGAAUCUCGUGAAGCACAAAGUUCGGAAAGAUUACCCUUCUGUUCAGUUAACUGCAUGGAAGUUUUGGCCUCUUGUCGGAUGGAUGAACUACCAAUACGUCCCUCUCCAGUUCCGCGUCUUGUUCAGUAGCUUCGUCGCCUCGUGCUGGGCGAUUUUCCUUAAUCUGAAAGCACGGUCUGCAGUGAUCAAGAACGCUUAGAAGGCGAAGGAGGUGCGAAUCUUGUGGUCUGAGAUCCAUAGAGAAUAAUUUGGCUAAGUAGAUCCAGUUUCUUGUACCCCAAGUUACUUUGGAGAUGAUUAUGGAAUACUAAAUUACUGAUGGGUAGGAAAUGGACGUAGGAGCCAAGUUAAUCAAAGAUACUUGACUAUUAUUUAAAGUAAUCAUUUAGUUAA